AUGGAUCUUAAUUUCUUUAACGACCUUCAGCAAUCACUGGAGCAAGAGGCUACUCGAAAAGAUGAAAUUCGCACUACAGUCAAAGAGUUGGAUAGAGCUUGCCGACAACUAAACGCGACUCUGAACCAAGUGCAUGCUGAUCCAACUGGACCAGUUCCCAAUCUCGAUUUCACGCAGGUCCAAGAGACAUUACAGACCUUAGCCAAACUGAUACCAGACAAUGAGUUUUACAAGUACAACGAUUUGUGGUCCAGAACUACGCAACAAGCGGUUUUUCUGAUUGUAUUCAAAUCGUAUCUCGAUCGAGGUGAAAUCAUCAACAUCAUUCCCACCGUCGAAGAGACUCUACUAGUCAAGGUGGAUAUUCACAAUGAUCUGAACGAAUUUCACAUUCAACUCGAAGACAUCUUGCAUGCUUACAUCACACUAAUUAAUGAAUUGUCGAGAUUAUGUGUGAACUCCGUGACAGUAGGCGAUUAUGAACGGCCUCUUGCCAUCUCCAAGCACGUCAAGGAUCUCAGUGCAGGGUUUCAGAUAUUGAAUUUGAAAAACGACAUUCUGCGCAAAAGAUUCGACAGCAUCAAAUAUGAUGUCAAGAAGAUCGAGGAGGUAGUUUACGAUAUCACAUUGCGGGGACUACACAAUGGUGCUUCUAAAAAGCGUAAUUUGGCUGAUGAGAGUGAUCAACCAACCACUCCGGCCAAGAUCCCUAAGAACUGA